AUGAGCAAUGAGGAAGGUGUUCCUGAGAUCGUGUCGGAGUUUCCCGCUCCGCCAAAAUUUUUUGCACUGUAUGUGGACGGUGUAGACAGCGGCCCGUUGCCGCCUGAACCCAUGGAACCCACAUACCACAUGUUUGGCUCGCCGUACAGCACGCAGGACGUCGUGCCGGAUCUACUACCGCAGCCAGGCAAGAAACUUUAUGCACAGGGCAAGGAGAACGAUAACGAUAGCACACCCAUUGAUUAUAAAUUGGAGAUGAAAAAGAUCAAUCGCUCGCUGCUAGCCAAUUUUGUCGGGCUUGUGGAUGUACUGAUCAAAACGCCGGCCAUGUUUAAUGCAAAGCUGGACGACAUAGAGUUGCUUUUUCUCAACUUACACAAUCUCAUCAAUGCCUUUCGACCGCACCAGGCACGCGAGACGGUGAUCCAAAUGCUUAAAACGCAGGUGCAGCAAAGGCGGGAUGCUGCUAGGGACAUUCGUCGUGUCAUUGACGAAUCGAGGCAAGCAGUGGAGCACAUGCAUAAAGAACUGCAUGAUCCAGCGGAUGACACAGUUGCUGUUGACGGGGUCUCCUCUACUGUAUCCGACAAUGAUGUCAAAAUGGAAAAUAUAGAUGGUUUAGGGGCCACCGGAAAUGGAAAUAACGCGGCGAAUGCAAUGGUUGCAGCGCUCACUUGUGCCCAACGGGAACAGACAGAGAAUUUUCGCGAAGCACAGCGAAUUCAGGAUCAGUUCUUCGCGAAAUUAGAGGCCACAAUGAACUAA